AUGCACUCUCCCAAGAAAAAAAAAACCCUCUCUAGCAAUACACACCAAACGGAGCAUGUGCAGAGUGUCUCCACAUGAUAUGUCUUAUCAGGAGAUAAGAGGGGGAUCAGAGAAGUCAGGAUCAAACAGUAUUUUUACACAAUGCAGAGAAAUAACCCCUCAGGGGUUAGACUGAUUUUACUGUUAUGUUAACCCCUUCCCAGGGGCGGACUGACAAACCAUGGGGCCCCCGGGCAAUAGGGGAUCAUGGGGCCCCUGUGUCUUUGCCCAAACUCAAAAAAAGCCUAU